AAGGGACGACCAGAGAAACCCUAUCCCCUCCUCCCCCUUCCCUUCGAUCGCAAAAAGAGGAAACCCUAACCCUGGCCAUGGAAUCCCGCACCAAAUUCUAUCUCCUCCCUCUCCUCCCCCUCCCAUGGCGAUCCACGUCGGAAUCUCCUCCACCUGCUCCCUCCCCCACCUCUUUCCCGGCCCCAGAUUGCGCCGCGAGAAGCUCGGGCUACGAUGCAGGGCGAGCCUCGGCGGAGAAGACGAGUAUUUGAUAGAUGCGCCGGAGUCGGUUGGAGAUGGAUUCGCUUUCAGUGGAGGGAAGUAUGCUGAUGGGCCGAACCGAUCUGAUGAGUGGUUUUCUCAGGGAAAAAUGAUUAAAGCUCAUCCAGUGUAUGGAAAGAGAGGGAAGGCAAAAGAACCAAUUUUCGGUCUUACAAUGGGUUCCAGCUCACAAUCCUCGGCAGAUGUUUUCAGGUGGUUUUGUGUUGAGGCUGGGAGUUCUUCCAAUCCUUCAGUCGUAUUAAUUCAUGGUUUUCCAUCUCAGGCUUACUCUUAUCGCAAAGUUCUUCCCAUACUCUCUGAAGGUUAUCAUGCCACUGCUUUUGAUUGGCUAGGUUUUGGGUUUUCAGACAAGCCCCAGCCAAAGUACGGAUUUGACUAUACUCUCGAUGAAUAUGCUUCAUCCUUGGAAUCUCUUAUUGAUGUUAUUGCUCCAAACAAGCUUUCUCUUGUUGUUCAGGGCUACUUUGCUCCAGUGGCUGUCAAGUAUGUGAGCUAUCAUCAAGAAAAAUUGAGACAUCUUAUACUUAUUAAUCCGCCUAUAACAGAGAAGCAUGCAAAGCUGCCCUCAACAUUAUCCUUAUUCAGCAAUUUCUUGCUGGGUGAGAUAUUCUCCCAGGAUCCGCUCAGAGCAAGCGAUAAGGCUUUGACCAGCAGCGGACCAUACAUGAUGAAAGAGGAGGAUGCGAUGGUUUAUAGAAGGCCAUACUUAACAUCCGGUUCUUCUGGUUUUGCAUUAAAUGCAAUUAGUAGAGCCAUGAAGAAGGAUCUAAAGGCUUAUGUUGAAGCUAUGAAGGUGACACUAGCCGAUGAAUCCUGGAAAAUCCCGACAACUAUAUGUUGGGGAAUGAGAGAUCGAUGGCUCGGUUAUGAGGGCGUGAAAGAUUUUUGUGAACGUUGGAAUCAUAAACUAGUCGAGCUACCUAUGGCAGGUCAUCAUGCACAAGAGGAUUGUGGAGAAGAACUCGGGAAGGUCAUCACGAAGAUCAUCAGUAAAAGUUGUUAGAUUUUCUAACUUCGCUUUCUCAUUCUUUUCAAGGAAGGAAUAGCAAAUCCUGGAAACCAAAAGUUUUCUGCUAUACAUUUCUACCUGGGCUUUUCCAGCCAGUAAGUCAUGAUAAAAAAUGUUUAAUGCAGAUUUUCUAUUCAGCAUAGAAACAUUUGAAACUUUAAAGAGUUCAAUUUAAAUUUUUGUGCAUGGUUUCAUUGGAAA